AUGGCCCAGAGUGAGCGAGUGCACGCUGACGGGACAGCACCCAAGUGCAGUAGCAACUGGAUUCAGAAAACACCAGCCUUCAGCGUCCAGGCUGCAGGGCUCCCAUCUGCCUGGAGGCCUGGUCACCUCAGAAGGCCCUUCGCAGAGGGAGGAGCACGGUCUCCAGGAAAGCACGGGGACUUCCAUGGCCAGCACGGAGCGAGGGUGGCCCGCGUGGGCGACAGGAUUCCAGGAGAAACCAGAGGAAGUACAGAAGCACAGGGAAGAGAGACAUGCAGGACCCCACCUAGGCCCCGUCCUCAUUCACUGCUGGGGCUGACCCAGCGAGCCCAGGGCAGCCAGACAGCGCCGGAGCCCGCCUCCGUGGCCCUCGCCGGCAGCUGGUGCUGGCUCAGCGCUGGAGACCCCGGCUGCAGAGGGGACCCGUGUCCUGUGGCGAGCUCCUGCCCACCAGGCCCGGCAAAGCCAGACGCCCUCUGGCCUCCCCGAUUUAUCUCAGGCCCCCGACAAUGCGAGACGUGCCUGCCCUUCUGCCACUGCACUCCCAUCUCUGGCGCUGGGAUCAAACAUCACAGGCGGUGCCUGCUGCCACACGCCAGCCCAGAGGCGCGGGGGCCGAGUUCAGUUCUGGCCUGGAGGCUCCUGACAGGAAGAGGUGAGAUGGAGAGGAGAGGCCUGCGUACGAGUGGCCCCAAGGGAGAGCCUUCUGCGACCUGCAGCGCGAGCCCUGCCCAGAGCGAGGGUGGCGCCCCCACCUGGCCCCCACCAGAAUCCCCAUGUUAGCCCUGGCCGGGCUGACCCAGUGGGUAGAGCGCAG